CUCCAUCGGCGCUGUACGCUGCCUGUGAGUUUCUGGAGGACGAGGAAGAACCUGGAGGGUGAACUGGGAGCUGGUGUCCAUCUUAUUUACACCGGUGAGAUUGCUAAAUUUUUGCUCUGUCGGAUUUUUUAAGGAGUAUAGAAGUUCAAAGCCGGGUCUUCGGAGAUGAGCAGUUCAGAGGAAGUAUCAUGGAUCUCCUGGUUCUGUGGACUGAGGGGGAAUGAGUUUUUCUGUGAGGUGGAUGAAGACUACAUCCAGGACAAGUUCAACCUGACAGGGCUCAAUGAGCAGGUUCCUCACUACCGCCAGGCCCUAGACAUGAUCCUGGACCUUGAACCAGAUGAGGAGCUGGAGGACAAUCCCAACCAGAGUGACCUGAUUGAGCAGGCAGCUGAGAUGCUGUACGGCCUCAUCCACGCACGCUACAUCCUCACUAACCGAGGCAUCGCACAGAUGCUGGAGAAGUAUCAACAGGGAGAUUUUGGCUAUUGCCCUCGGGUCUAUUGUGAGAAUCAGCCUAUGCUUCCUAUUGGUCUGUCAGACAUCCCAGGAGAGGCCAUGGUGAAGCUGUACUGUCCUAAAUGUAUGGACGUAUACACGCCAAAGUCCUCCAGGCACCACCACACAGAUGGAGCAUAUUUUGGCACUGGCUUCCCCCACAUGCUCUUCAUGGUUCACCCUGAGUACAGGCCCAAGAGGCCCGCCAACCAGUUUGUCCCGAGGCUGUACGGGUUCAAGAUCCACCCCAUGGCCUACCAGCUGCAGCUGCAAGCCGCCUCCAGCUUCAAGAGCCCCGUCAAGGCCAUCCGCUAGAGCGUCCUGGACAAAGGAGGAGGAGGAAGAUUCGUAGAGAGAGAAGACAGGAAAGAAUUAUCAGAAGAGGAGGGGUCACCUGCAUUUAACAAAGCUUUUCAGGUGCCCCCUCCCCACCCUGAAGACUGUAUUAUUUUGGUUUAGAUUAGGGCAAAAAGUGUAAAGAUCUGAGUGUGAGCGAGAAAUAAAAACGCACAGCCAUGAUCAUAAUUACAAACAAACACAUGCACUCAUACAUGCAUAAAUACAUAAACGCAUCCACACACUUGGGAUUCCAUGCACGUACCUUACCAAACUCAUCAGUGCCAAAAACAGGAGGGUGAGGUAUGAGGAAGCUGAACGAUACAGGGGCUUAUAUAAUCAGUGGGUGGCAUUACUGGGAAGUUUUCCCCGUAGAAAGGUUUUUACGUCCAGGGCUGUUACGGAAAGCUGAAGAAAAGUGCAACGGCUGAGUCAGCGUUCGCCUCUGGCUCUGCAUUUGUUCUGUAUUUGGCACAGUUUGGUAAAGGGUGGUGGUAAACCCUCCCUAUUAGCCCCCGACUGCAUGUACAUUCAGGCUGGCACUCGCAGAGACAGUUUGGACAGUGGGUGUUUUUCUGUAUCACUCGUUCGUAAGAAUUUGGUUUGUCUGAUGUUUUGUGAUGUUGCACAAAACUUUCUGUUAAAUUUGCCUUAAGAUUCAGAAAAAACACCCAGAUUGUUUGUUGUUUGUUUUUCUUCAAGAGGCACGAGCAACAAUUAAUUUUCUUCUUUCUGCUGUUAGAGAAGGUAAAGUAGAAAUAGAUUAAAUUAACAAGAAUUUCCGAAUCGUUCAGACAAUUGUAAUCAGCCUGUGUCAUUUCUCCAGCUGUCUGUGCGCGUGUCAAACAACUGUCUGUAUUGGUACCGAAGUGAAAAUAUAACCUGUGCUACAUUUUUCUGAGACAUGCCCCCUCCUGCAGCAGCUGCGUUUGUAUUGUCACCCCUCUUCCCUCAUAGCUUCUUCUCCCUUAAAAAAAAGUUUAACAGUUUGGGAAAUAUCCGCAUUUGCUUUCUGGCGGAGAGUAGAUUAGACUGUUAACGUUAAUGUGAAGGGGAGCCUAUCUAUCAUAGAAAUAGUAUGAUUCAUUCCAUUUCUGUGGUAUCUAUGUUCCCCAGGUCAAUGACCUCUUAAUAAGACACGAGACAGUUUUAUGUUCUCGGCAAUGGUUUUCGGUUGGUCAAAUAGUCACUGUAUAUUUUCCUGGGUGUUGAAAUCACCCACCUACAGCUUGUAGCCUACUGAUGUUAUUCUCCUUAAUAUGCCCUGAAAGUUGUGGGCAGGACAGUUUUCUUGAUUUUAUACGUUGAUAUCUACAAAGUGGCUGAACAGAUUUUUAACCUUUAGAGGCCAGUUAGCUUAGCAUAAAGAUCGGUAAUGGGGGAAAUGGCUAGCUCUGUCCGAAAGUAACAAAAUCCUCCUACCAGCACAUCUAAAGCUCACUAGCGAGUUAGAUAUUGUUUGUUCAUUUGUAUAAAAACAAAGUUUAAAAAAAACAUUUUGCAUUUUUACAGGCCGGGAGCUAUGCAGCAAUUGGCAGUUGCUUGGCAACCAGUAUUUCAGCACAAAACCACCAGUAAUACUACGAGUUGUUUUUACAGUUGAAUGAAAUGUGUUUUAAUAGCUGCUGGUAGUAGCUAAAGAUGCACCAAUUAACCCAUAAUAUCGGGUUUGUUAAUCGGUACAAAAACUAAUGUUAAAACGACCAUUCGCGUUUAUGAGCCGACUGGUAGUUGCUAGGCAACCAGUGUUAAUGCUCCCUGCCAAGAAAUAGUCUGACCCGUGACAGAUGCUAAUUAUUUGUAACCUUUUUUUUUUAUGUAUUUAACAAACGAGAUAUAUAAUGUAUGGUUUAUUAAAGCCAAUGUGAAUAUCUGAUCAAGUAUCUCCUAAAUAGAAAAAGAAACAUUUCGAGAGUUAGUCAUGACUUUUUUUCAUCACAAGACUAAGAUGUAUCUUAUUUUUUUGUCUUUUACUGGCGGAAAGAGGAUUCCAUAACAAUGUUUUAUUAGUGAGCUUUAGAGAUGUCGACAGGUGGAUUUUAUUAACGUUGGGCAGGGCUAGCUUCUCCAGUGUUUGUGCUAAGGUAAAGUAACCGGCUGCUGGUGGAAGCUUUGUAUUUAAUUUAAUGUCCGCCUUCUCAUCUAACUCUCUACCUGAAAGUGAAUAUUUCCCAAAAUGUCAAACUAUCCCUGUGAAGAUCGAGUAGGAGACCCGGAGAAAGAGGAAUUUAGACAAUCUGAAUCCUUCAACUCACUCCACCACUGCACUGAUCCCACUGGUGUCUCUCCACAGCACAGUCUCAUUAUUUAUGUUCAGGUUUAGAGACAGACCGACCACCAGCCGCUUUUUUUUGUUUUGUUUCUGAAGCAGUGGGGCAGAUACUCAGCUGCCCUUUCUUCACUCCCUGCCCUCUUUACGUUUGUGUGACUGGAAUAGAUUGUUUUUGGAUUUCAUGAUACAAGAGAAACGGGAUUUAUGUGUCCAGAUUUUAACUAAUGUUUGUCCGUGUUGUCUUUCUGCUACUGUGGAAGGGUGAGCAGGAUUCAGAAUUCUCAAUAAACUUCUAUUUUCUUUUCAUA